AUUCCUGCAUUCAUUAAAGCGGAUCUGAUGUGGUGGAGUAUACUUUUGUGCACUAUAGCUCAUGCAUAAAACUAAAGCAGUCAUUUCAGUUCGUCUUUGCAGUCAUGAUUGAUACAUUUGAAUAACUGAGCUCUUACAAAUAUUGGUCUGAAUUAUGAAGGCUUAUGCUUAGAACUUUUUUUUUUUUUACAAGAUUUUUCCAGUCUCAUGAGAUUUCAUAAUAUUCUCAAAUCCCAUCCGUUAACCAAGCAAUCUGCUUUAAAAGCAUCUCUGCACUGAUGGAGAGCUGUAGAAGGCAUGAAGAAAACAUCAUAGUCAAGGAGUCAUGGCUGAUAAAAGAAAACUUCAAGGUGAAAUAGACAGAUGUUUGAAAAAAGUUGCAGAAGGGGUAGAGCAAUUCGAGGACAUUUGGAAAAAGCUCUAUAGUGCAGCCAAUGCCAACCAAAAGGAGAAAUAUGAAUCUGACCUCAAGAAAGAGAUAAAAAAAUUACAGCGUCUCCGUGACCAGAUUAAGACAUGGGUCGCCUCCAGUGAGAUCAAAGACAAAAGACAGCUAGUAGAGAAUCGCAAACUCAUUGAGACUCAAAUGGAGCGGUUUAAGAUUGUGGAACGGGAGACCAAAACGAAAGCGUACUCUAAAGAAGGACUCGGCCUCGCUCAGAAAGUGGAUCCUGCACAGAAAGAGAAAGAAGAGGUCGGCCAGUGGCUAACGAACAUGAUAGACACGUUAAACAUGCAAGUGGACCAGUUUGAGAGCGAGGUUGAAUCCCUUUCUGUCCAGACCAAGAAGAAGAAAGGAGACAAAGAGAAGCAGGAUCGGAUCGAGGAACUGAAACGAAUGAUCGAGAGGCACCGGUAUCACAUCCGCAUGCUGGAAACCAUCCUUAGAAUGCUGGACAAUGACUCUGUACAAGUGGAUGCCAUCCGCAAGAUUAAAGAUGACGUGGAGUACUACCUUGAUUCCUCUCAGGAUCCUGACUUUGAGGAGAAUGAGUUUAUCUAUGAUGACAUUGAAUUGGAGGAUUUGCCCCUGCCACUAGUUGCCACAUCUCCAUCAGGUCACGCAGAGGAUGAGCUCUUCCAGCACUCCAGUUCUACACCAACCUCCACAACGUCUUCAUCUCCCAUACCUCCCUCUCCGGCUACUUGCACUACGAAUUUGGAAGAUGAUAAGAAAAGAGGUCGUUCAACAGACAGUGAAAUCAGCCAGUCACCUGUCAAGAAUGGAAAUCCAUCUUCAUCUCUAUCCUCCUCUUCCUCAUUGUCGUCUUCAUCGUCAGGAAUCUCUUCAAACUCUUUGAUCUCCAUGGCGACUGCUGCCAGCAGCAUAAGCUCGGCAGCAGGGAGCAGCAGCCUCUUGGGUAACAUGGGCGUCUCUCUCCAGAACUCUGGCAGCUAUAGUUCAGCAACACAGCAACAAACACAGCAAUCCCAACAAACGCACCAGCCCAAAAACUCUGCCUCCUCCAACAACAGUACCUUACUCCCAACACCCACCUCCACGUCGCCGCCCAACACCAGCACACCGGGCCCCCUGACACCCAGCUCGCAGAGCCAACCUUCACUGGGAACGGGUCUUUCCUCCAGUCUAGGACUUGGGAAGGGUACAUCAGUGACUAGUGGCACAAACCAGAUGCCCGGGCUGGUCCUUUCAGGGAUGCCGGCAUCCUUGAACAGCAUGACUGGGUUUUUGAGCGGCUCCACAACGGCACCUUAUGCACAAGCUGCUGCCGCAGGUUGCAUGGGCAGCGGGCUGUCGGGGUCGAUUGGAACGAAUAUAAGCAGUACAAACUCCAGUGGAGUCGUAUCCUCAGUGGGGACUAACGGAAGUCUAGGCUCCACAAGCCUCUUGGGCUCAGGGCCUGGUGUUUUGAGUCUUGGGUCCACACAGUCCACUGUGGAGCCUUUACCUUUGGUGGCUCCCAGCUCUGUGGGAGGCGCACUGACCUCAGGGAGCAAUGUGGGAGUUAUCGGAAGCAACGGAGGAACCUCUGGGACAGGAAACGCAGCAGGAAGUGCUGCGCUACCAAGGCCACCUAGUGGGCCAAAACAAAACGGUGGUACAAGUUAUAGUGCUGUGGUAGCAGACAGCACAUCAGACUCCGCCCUCAACAGUGCAAGCCAAUCACAGAACAGCCAAUCCUCAUCCUUAAAUUCCUCAACAAAUCAGCUUAAUGACAGUGGGUCCAGUCUUCUAGGGUCGAUGACACUGCCGCCCAGCUCGCCCUCACCGUCAUAUAGUGAGAGUAAAGCAGGCAGUUGCAGCCUGAUGAAUGGCCCGCACUCAUACACACAGGCUGCCGACACCAAGCUUCAGGAGCCUCCGAGCUCUUUAAAGUCGAUGGCAGAGAGGGUUGCUCAGGGCUCAGGGUUAGAAGGGGAGCUUUCUGCACUACAUAUCUCAAGUGAUCUGUUUCCCAGCUCCACAGCCCCUUCAGGCACUCCUGCAGCUCCUCAGUCUGCUCUGUCGGAGGUGAGCAUCCCCCCGUCAUUGGGUGUGUGUCCACUGGGCCCCGUCCCCUUCUCCAAAGAGCAACUCUACCAGCAAGCCAUGCAGGAGUCCGCCUGGAUGCACAUGCCUCACCCGUCCGACUCUGAGAGGAUCAGGCAGUACCUGAUGAGGAACCCCUGCCCAGCACUGCCUUUUCACCACCAGGUGCCCCCUCCUCACUCUGACACUGUGGAGUUCUACCAGAGACUUUCUACAGAGACCCUCUUCUUCAUCUUUUACUACUUGGAGGGUACAAAAGCGCAGUAUCUAGCAGCCAAGGCCUUGAAAAAACAGUCAUGGAGGUUCCACACCAAGUACAUGAUGUGGUUCCAGAGGCACGAGGAGCCCAAGACCAUCACUGAUGAGUUUGAGCAAGGGACCUAUAUUUACUUUGACUAUGAGAAAUGGGGCCAGAGGAAAAAGGAAGGAUUUACAUUUGAGUACAGGUACCUUGAAGACCGAGACCUGCAGUGACGGAUGGUCAACUAGAUCGGAGGACUACUGUCGACAUUCCGGACACAUGUACACUCUCUUUCAUUCAUCAGAGAGGAGACCCAGAUGCACGUGCGAGGCUGUUUUAUGUCCCGCUGAUGCCUAAUGCAUCUGGAGCCCCUCCCACUCUUUACAGUCCUCCCCCCAGCGACUCUGCCCUCUCAUCCAAUCAGACUUAACCCCAGUAAAUCACCCCUUUUUGAAGCAUUUUUGCGCCACAGAAGUUGAAUGUGGUCAAAUAAAGCAUUCAGCCUGUCAGGAGGAUAACUACAAAUCAGUGUGGAUGAGUUAUUUAGCCAUGGCUGUAAGUUCUGCUAUAAUAAUGACAACAUUAAGCCAACUAAUCUGAAUUCUAUGAGCUACAGUGGUGUUAUUCAGAAAGUUAUUUGUUUAAAGUAAACAUAAGCAAUUACAUUUUUAUGCACAACAGUUUUCUUCCAAAAAUCUGUCCACCAAAGCUGUAACAUCUGCUGUCUUCUCUUAUGAAGCUUGUUUUUUGACUAGUUUACACCCUGUUAGCUCUUAUCCAAGCACAGGUCUUAAUACAGAUAACCUUUCUAGUAAAUGUUCUAAACGCUAAUAUUGAUAUUCAUAAUUGUUCCAUCACUGGAGUCUGAAUGAGUCUCUUGCACCAGUUCAAGCACACUAUUAUUUUGUUCAUAGACAACAAACCAAGUACACAUCAGUCAGUUUGCAACUCAACAAAAAAGGUUUUUUUAUUUUAUUUUUUUAUAUAUAUAACUCAGAAAGGGAAUUAAUAUGGGAUACAUGUUCACUUAUCAGAAAAAUGUGCAUCUCCAGCUGAAUUUUUGAAAGCGACAGGUUUUGAGAGCCUCGGUAGACUUGCAUGUCUUACAGAUUUCACUAAACUUCAGUUUCAUUUGAAAGUGGCACACCCAGUAUUUGUUUGUGCUGUAUACCACAGUAAUAAUUUUAAUAAGAAGAAAAUGGGGUGUUAAAUACCCAACCUUAUGAGAUGCCCAUGUACACAACCUUGUUUUUAUCUUAACCUUUAUCCUUCCAGAAGAGUGUGUGGAAGAGAGCAGAAAUGUGAAUUAUAUCUAUAUUUUUUUUCCUAACUGGAAAAGUGUUGUACAGAACAUUUGUUCUCCUUCUGUUGACCCCUCCCCCUCCCCAAAGUGGUCUGGAGUAAAAAAAAAAUCAUGGUAAAUAAAGACAAGACUGUAAAAUAUAAAUAAAAUAACUACUUUUCAAAAA